GGCGAGCUCUUUGUAAACUCAAGCUUUUUCUGACGCCCCUCAAAAGUACUCGAACAAUUACGUUCACCCGCGCUCGGUGUACAUUGCGUAAAAUUAAUCUCAUUUAGGUGACCUCGAGUAUCACAUAACCUCAAGACAGCUCGACGAAACACGUCGGUGAGAUCGAGAUCAAAAAGAAGAAUCAUGUACAUCCAAAAUCUUCAAUAAUCUCUAAAAUUAUGGUACUUUAACGAGUCAAUAAAUAAAUCAGAAAAUAUAAGAAAGAAGAUAAAAAGGAUCAUUUAAACGAUGAAUAAUCAGGCAUUUAGUUUGGCUGAAAAGCUCAUUCCAUCAACUUAUGUUCAACAAGGCUUGAAUGCGAAAAAGACACGAGAGAAUCUCAUUCGAAGCUUUAUUGAACACCGUAAAUGGCCGGAAGAAGGUUGGGACGAUGCAACAAUCGAAGCUUUUUUAGCAGAUCUCUCUCAAAUGGACAGCAACAACUUUCCCCUUAACUGCAGUGUGGGUGAAAGAGAAUCGAGAAUCGUAUCAAACAUAGUAGCAAGGCGUCACUUUCGUAUGGGACAUGGUAUUGGCCGAUCUGGAGAUCUUGAAGAAGUCCAACCAAAAGCGGCUGGAAGUAGUUUGAUGUACAAACUAACGAAUGCUCUCGUUCUAGAAGUUAUUCGAUAUAUGGGUGUAAAAAGUAUAGCAGGAUGCUUUCUAUCACCGAUGGCAACAGGAAUGAGCUUGGUUUUAUGCAUGCUGACUUUAAAACUUGAUAGACCAAGAGCUAAAUAUGUUUUAUGGUCUAGAAUUGAUCAGAAAUCAAGCUUUAAGUCAAUAAUCACUGCUGGACUAGAGCCCAUUGUCAUUGAAACACAGAUAAUUGGAGAUGAGUUGAAAACUGAUAUGCAGAAACUAGAAUCUCAAAUGGCUGCUCUUGGAGAAAGCAUCGCUUGUGUUCUAUCAACAACUAGUUGCUUUGCACCAAGAGCUUGUGACUCAGUUGAUCUUAUCGCCGCUCUUUGUACACAAUAUAACAUCCCUCACCUGGUCAACAACGCUUAUGGACUUCAAAGUACUAGAUGUAUGCAUUUGAUUCAAGAAGCUUCAAGGAAAGGUCGAGUGGAUGCUUUUGUUCAAAGUACAGACAAAAAUUUUCUUGUUCCUGUUGGUGGAGCAGUAAUAGGCUCUUUUGACAAGAAUCUCUUGGACCGAAUCUCCAAGAUGUACCCAGGUCGUGCCAAUGCCAGUUCAACGAUGGAUGUUAUGAUUACGCUAUUGAGUCUGGGAAUGACAGGUUAUAAACAGCUGAUAGCUCAACGUAAGGAAAUGUAUGCAUAUUUGAAAGAAGAAUUAGGAAAGCUUGCAACGAGGCAUGGAGAAAGAUUAUUGGAUACGAAAGGCAAUCCGAUUUCUAUGGGGAUGACACUUCAGUGUCUGACUCAUCAGCAUGAUCAUAAACAAGUAACGAUGCUAGGGUCCAUGCUGUUUCUUAGGAAUGUCAGUGGGUCAAGAGUUAUUACUACCACUGACAUAAAACACAUCGUUUCACACAAAUUUGAAGGCUGGGGAGCUCAUAAUAGUAAUUAUCCUGUACCAUAUCUAACUGCGGCAGCGGCGUUGGGAAUGAAACGCAGUGAUGUUGAUGCAUUUGUUCAGCGAUUAGAUAAAGCAUUAACUAAAGUACGUCGACGAUCAGCUCCAGUGACCCCAACAGCUUCUCUUGCAGGAUCAAGCAUCAAUGGAGAUGCCAGUAAUCCCGGUGGUCCUGGUGAAUCUAGCACUGCAUCCACUAGCCGUGCUAGCAGUAAAGAUAGCCUGCGAAAAUGAACCGUAAUCAACGCAACUGGUCAGUCGAAUCAGCAUAUCAACAUCAAUUUGUAAACAAUUGUCUGUUUAUAAUGAUUUGUCGAAUCUCUUUUUGAAUCUCUUUGUUCCAUUUAUGAAUAAAUAUUCAUGAAAUUUCAAAGCAAACUAUCACAAUUGUAAUGAAUUGAAUGAACAAUGAGAUCUUAGAAAGAAGACACGACAUAUGCUGAUACGACUGUUCAAUUGCGUUGGGAAUAACAUUGAAUGAAAUAAAUAAUAAAAAAUAAAAUAAUUAAACUAAAAGUGAUGCUUGAAUAGGUCAAGUGGAAGAAGAAAAAGCGCUGGUCGCUGCUCUACAUUAAAACAAAAGUUAGACUUGGAAACAAACGAAUUUAUUAAUUUAUUAAAUUAAAUUAACUUUUUUUAAUAAUUCAUUACGAUAAUUAUCAAUGAAUUUAUUCAUAUUGCUUCUGCGUACCUUUUUUUGCUAAGUCAAAUUUUUAAAGAUAAAAUAUAAUCAUAAGUAAAAAAUAAUUAAUGCUAAUUUUCUUGCAAAUAAAAAUCAAUGCGAAUGACAUAAUAUAUAAACUAAAUGAACAAAUGAUUCUUUGUUGUGAAACUAUAAAGGACAAUGCAAAAACAAAGCAUGGUUAUGAAAAUUUUUCGAUAGAUACAUUAUUACUUAAUAAUAUCAUUUAGCUGAUAUGUGUGUGAAAAUGUGUGUCUAACAGAUACGCACUAAAAAAAUUAGAUGAUCAUGGCAAUUUAAAGAAAAAAAAAGAAAGGCUUCUAAUGAUACAAAUAACUGAAUAAUUAGCAUAGCUUUUUUUACUUCACUUCACCUUCAUUGUGCGCUUAAUAAUGAGAAGAAUGAUUACAAAAAAUAAAUAAAAACACAAAUGAGUGAAUAAACAAAUAGAAAAUUUUCACUUGACGUUAAGUAUACAUCUAAAUGUAGCCUAGAUGAACAAUCAUACACAUUAAGAAUAAAUUUAUUAUUAAAGUUAAGAUAAAAAACCUGAAGAAAAAAUAAACAAAGAUUAUUGCAUGAUUUUAGAAAGAAAAAAAAAUUGAGAAAGAAGGCAAAGCAAAGGCCUGGAGCCUCAAAAAGACUUUAGUGAAGUUAUCAUUAAUUAAUCAAACAUUGAUUAAUGAUUGAUGAUUAGAAAUAAUUAGAGAAAAAGUUUGUUAUUAAUUUAAAUAAAAGAUAUAGCUUUACACAUUGUUAGUUGACUGUGCUAAUCAUGUUUACAAAUUUUACAUUUAAAUCUAGCUCAAUUAUGAUAAAUAAAUAAUAAAUUAUUUUUUAUUUAAAUUUUAUUCUUCAUUAAUUCAUUAGACGCUUUUUUGGUCUAGAAGUGACUUUGGCGUAUAGGAGAUGACUCAGAUAAUAUUUAUGAACUAGUAGCAAUUAAUUAAUUAUUUAAUAAAGAAUGUUGAUAAAAUAACUGGGUAAAUAGAUAUGUUAUACCCAAAACAAAGCAAACUGAUAAUCAAGAUAAUUUAUAAUUGUUUACUAUAAAAAUAUAAUUCGUUAAUAAUCAUUAAAUAUUUAUGAAGAUACAUUCCUAUGUAAAUAAUAAAUAUUAUCUUAGCAAAUUUUUUAUUAAUCAUUUAUCAAUGGACUUUGCUUGAAAAUUUCAUAAUCAAGAUUUUUAAUAAUUUGUUAGAAAAAUUAUCAGGUAAUAAUUAAAAUGAAAAUGUGUGAAUUCAAGUUUUACUCAUCGAAUGUGUCCAACGAUUCGUUGAAAGGCCUAAGUUCGAGCUUGAUAAAAAAUUUAUCUUUGCUUUUACAGAAAUUUUGCGACAAAAAUAAUGUAUAUAAAUAAUGUAGAAAUCAUGUAACAUUUAAUGAGUAGAUAAAAAUAAUUGAAAUCCAUACGAAACAUUCCAUGAAUAAAUAUAUUGAAAACAUUAGACAUUAUAAUUGCUCUUGUAUAAACUGUAAUACAAAAGUAAGCAUUAAUUAAUUCGCAAUUUAUAAUCACCGUAUAGACAAAUUUAAA